AAAGGCUUGGUGAAUGGUGAGUCUCAAAAUGGACAAGUUGGAAAGGGGUUCCAGAAUCAGGAGAAAUACCUUAGUUAGGUCUCAGCUAACAGCAACCACACCUCUGGGGCAACCAGCCCCAGCUCCUUCUGCAUCUCAGCAGCACCCAACCAAGCAGAACUGGCAACCACUGCACAAAUGGCUACUUGGGCCUGAGCAGACGAGCAGGCAGAGCAGGUCCAACAGGAUAAGAUCUGGAGAGUCUGUGGAGGCUGAACAGAGAGGAAGGAGAAUCUGGUACCAGAACUGGAGUUUCCUAAAGGACCAGGACCAAAUGGUGACUGUGCCAUAUACAGACAGCACUACAAAUCUCAUCCAUCUUCCCAGGCAAAUCUACAAAAUAAAGAGGUGCUGUCAGAUCCGUGCGAUCUCUGCCGCAGGAAUUAGUUCCACAGCAACCCAGGGAGAGUGA